AUGGUGAGCAUUGGUCACAGCAUGAUGGUAGAGCAGGAAGACAAAGUUCAGUCGGUAACAGAUGAAGAGGAAGAGAGUAGGGAUAACGAAGAGGCGUGGUUGGUUUACCUACCUCAUCCCAUUAGCUUCCUGUAUGAGGGACACAAAUACUGUAAGUCUAAAAAGAAGCCAGAUGAAAAGCUGCUGGAGAGUUCCCUGUUGCCACCAACACAGUACCCAAAGUUUUCAAGUCCUGAAGUGACAGGAAACAUACCAACUCAAUCCCUCUUAGUGUAUAUGGAUGGACCGGAAGUUAUUAGCAAUUCUCUUGGCAGCCAGAUGGAGCUAGAUGAUGCCAUGUCAGUAAAAGGGACCACCACUGCUCCUUUCAGAGCCACGCAAGAGAAGAGCAUCAUCCAAAUCGAAGGCUACACGCCCUUGGACUGCAUGUUCUGCAGGCAGACCUUCACCCACUCUGAAGACCUCAGUAAGCACGUGCUGCUGCAGCACCGGCCCAUCCUCUGUGAGCCCGCAGUUCUGUGUGUGGAAGCAGAGUAUCUCAGCCCUCUGGAUAAAGGCCAGGUGCGAACAGAACCCCCCAAGAACAAGAGUGGCAAAGAGAAUGAAGACCUGAGCUGUGAAGUGUGUGGGCAGACGUUCAGAGUUGCGUUUGACCUGGCGAUCCACAUGAAGAAACACAAGGACUCUUUCACCUAUGGGUGUCACGUGUGUGGACGGAGGUUCAAGGUGCCCUGGUUUCUGAAGAGCCACAUGCGAACACACAACGGCAAGUUGGGGGCCAAGAGCAAGCUGCAGCAGGGCUUGGAAAGCCCGGUCACCAUCAACGAGGUUGUCCAGGAGCAGGCUGCAGAGAGCAUCUCCUCUCCUUUCAAGAUGUGCAUGGUUUGUGGCUUCCUAUUUCCAAAUAUAGAAAGUCUCAUUGAUCACAGGAAGAUGCACACCAAAGACACGGCUUCCGGUGACAGCAGUCCCCAGGCAGACUCUCAGCAGGCGGGGAUGCCAGCCCCGAGAGACGAGUUCCUGCAGUUCUUAAACCUCAGACCCAAAGCUCAGCCUGAAACCGUGAAGCAGCCCACCGGAUGGAUACCUCAGCUCGACCCAGUCACCACCUACCAGGCCUGGCAGCUGGCCACCACGGGCAAAAUCGCCAUCUGCCGGGAGGCGAAGGAGCAGCCCAGGCAGGAAGGGAGCACCGACAACGAUGAUUCGGACAAAGAAAAGCUUGGAGAAGUCUGGAACGGGAGUAAAAGCCAUCCCGAAGGUUCUGCAAAGUCCAUAUCCAAUAAGAGCGGUUGUACAGGCCUAGCACAAGAUAAGGAGAAGCCUAGACAUGCCAACGGUGAAGUGCCUUCUGGGGACGCGGACCCCAAGUUGUCCAGUAAGAGUAAGAAGUCCACGCAUUGCUCUGAGUGUGGCAAGGUGUUCAGAACCUACCGCCAGCUGGUCCUGCACUCGAGAGUCCACAAGAAGGACCGGAGGACAGAUGCUGACUCGCCCACCAUGUCUGUGGACGGCCGGCAGCUGAGGAUGUGCUCUCCAGACCUAGCCAGCACCCUGGAUGAAAACGGAGCCACAGAUCGAGAAGGAGGCUCUGAAGAUGGAUCCGCAGACGGACUUCCCGAAAGCCUCCAUCUGGAUCAAAAUGAUGAUGGAGGCGAAAUAAAGCAUCUGACAUCUUCAAGAGAAUGUAGUUACUGUGGAAAGCUUUUCCGUUCAAAUUACUACCUCAAUAUUCAUCUCAGAGCACAUACGGAUGAAAAACCAUACAAAUGUGAAUUUUGUGACUACGCUGCAGCCCAGAAGACCUCUCUACAGUAUCACUUGGAGAGACACCACAAAGAUAAGCAGGUCGAUGUGGCCGCUGAGGUCAAGAGCAAAGGGAAAAACCAGGAAGCGGAAGAUGUACUACUCAUCGCCGACAGUGCGCAAACCAGAAAUUUGAAAAGAUUUUUCGAUGGUGCCAGAGAUGUGAAAGGCAGCCCACCUGCCAAGCAACCUAAGGGGAUGGCCCCUGCCUUUCAGAACGUUCUGGGCAGCACUGUCCUCUUGCCAGUACACAAAGAUACUCAGGAUUUCAAUAAAACUGGAACUGAAGGUAGUGCUGAUCAGCUAGGCAGACACCCUGCCCCUGCUUAUUUGGACAUGUUAAAGAACAGACCAGCGCCCGAAGCUCAGGCCAUCAACCUCCCUCGCAGAGCAGACGUGGCUGCUCCGCCUCAUCCUCACCCAGACGCCACUGCCGCCCACAAGGACGAGGCUGGCCUCAAAGAGAAGGCAGAGGUGGCAGCAGACAGCAGAGUGAAGCCCAGCAUGGACUGUCAAGAGAAACCUUUAAAUUUAACCCUCGGGGCGCUUCACAGUUGCCCGGCAAUUUCUUUGAGCAAGAGUUUAAUCCCAAGUAUCACCUGCCCAUUUUGUACUUUCAAGACCUUUUAUCCAGAAGUUUUAAUGAUGCAUCAGAGACUGGAGCAUAAAUACAAUCCCGACGGUCACAAAAACUGUAGAAACAAGUCUUGGCUUAGAAACAGACCCACUAGCUGUCCACCAGCUCUAGUGGGAGAAGACGUGCCUUCCUUGUCCAGUUUCCCCAAGCCCAAGACCACCUUCCCAGCCCAGUCCAAGACCCUGCCAUCCGAGAAGGGGAAGCCGGGCCCCGCAGGCCCAGGCAAGACCCCUCUGGCCUCAGGGACUGACUCUAGCACUUCAGCCCCCAGUAACCUGGAGUCGCACAGGCCACAGCCCAGCAUCGGGGCGCAGGGGGCUCCAGCCGCCAGGCAGCAGCCCUCGGAGAUGUUUGCUAAAAGCGGAGUUUCUCCUGCCCCGGAGAAGACCAAAAGGCCAGAGACGAAGUUCAAAGCCCCGGUGGUCUCCGUGUCCCAGCCCUCGAGCAGCAGCACCAUCCAUGGCUCGGCCGAUUUCACAGCCAAGCACGAAGGCCUGUGUGCGCCCCCGGGAAGAGACUACUUCUGUGGCCGCAGCGCAGGUGUUGCCGGCCUGGAGCUCGGAGAGCCGCUUCCCAAGAGGCCGAAAGCCGGGCCCGUGGUCCUGGAUGCGGAGCAGCCUGGGCCCCAGGACCGAAGGGUCCUUGACCUGCCCAAGUACCUGGUGGACCCCGGAACCACAGGGUUGCUGCCCCAGAAGUACGCGUUCCCGCCGUUGAAGGUGCUGCCCUCCAAGCCGGGGUUCCUGGCAUCAGGCGAGAUGGAGUCCGCCGAUGUGCUGACCUUACUAGCCCACGGCGGCCCGGGCCUCUACACCUGCGCCCCCGCGGCGCUGGAAGGAGAAAGGCCCGUGUCUUAGCAACACUGAUCUCGCAGCAUGCUUCAGAAGAGAAAUGAGAAUUUUAUUGGGAAUGCACAUUCUCGGCCAAAGGACAAGAAAACUUCAUUUCCUAUUUUGGGGAAGAAAGGUCUUGAUGGAUGGAUGUGUGCUCCAUAA